UUAAUUUAAACUAUAGUAAGUUUAAUUUAAGCUACCUUAAGCCAAAUCCCUCCGUUGCCUACUCACACCGGAUCUCUCCGGGGUUCUAGCCUAUUCAGGCGGUAAGGGAGGGGUUAUGCCCAAAAUUUUUUCGCGCUCCGGCAUGCAGCGGAGUUCUUUUAGCCUCUAGCCUGUAAGUGAUAUCUUUUAGGAUGCUCAUGUAUCUUUUCACUUACAGACCACCAACUGUGAGCAUCCGGGAUGCAAUGCCAUGCUCCAGGACCCCUGUGGGCAUGAAGUCUGCAGAUCCCAUGCUCCAUGCGCGACUCCGCACGGGAACCUUCAAGUCUGGUUUCACGAGACCUGCACUAUUUGCUACGAUCUGGUGAGCCAGCUCUUAGACGGGGCUCCCGCUGUUAGAGACACCGCCCUGGCAACCCUGCGGGCUUGGGUCGGCGGUUUUGGCAAGAACGCCGCCAAGGGACAGCCCUACAUCCUUGAGAAGAGGUUGGCGGUCCUGAUCUUCCCCGGCGGCAAGUCAACGGGUUACGUCGACCCGGCAGAGGCAGCCCCGACUAUAGCGGCAAUUCAGCAGCAGCUCGCCGCUUCGUUGACUGAACCAGGCCAGGACAUCUCGUCGGAAGUCGCGACACUGGAUCUAAAUAUUGAACCAAUGGUAGGUGUUGACGACCUGUUGGUCGAGGUAAGUACGUUGGACGCCCAAGGGCUUCCCUUGGGCGCCACUGGGUCUUCUAGGACACAAACUUGCUUCAAGGAGAACCCAGGAAAGGAUUCUGGGUUCACUCCAGUUUGCAUCAGUGACAAACAUCUUGAUGAAAGCCAAACUGAAAGACCUAACCAGAAUCUGGCGCUCACGAGCAAAUGUCAGGUCCAGGGACAAAUUAUCAUCAGUCCCUCAGAUUCUGCGGAAUCGUCUACGCCCUUGGUCAAAAGUCAAGAACCUGUCAAUAUCAGUACCCCUUCAGUUUCCUCCUCCGGGGAUUACCAUCCACACGGACGCUUCAUUAAGCGGCUGGGGAGGAUAUUCUCAGUUCAAGAAGGUUCAAGGAACCUGGUCACCCCAGUUCCGUCAGCUUCACAUAAAUGUACUGGAAGCAAUGGCAGUGUUCUUGACUCUAAAAAGGUUACGUCCGCCAAAGAACUCCCACAUAAAGCUAGUUUUAGACAGCGCAGUGGUAGUCCAUCUGAAUCAUGUCAUGGUAGCCAUCUUCUCCCUGGCGGACAAGUUCAGUUGGCACCUCUCCUCCACCCAUAUAGCUGGAGUGAGAAACGUCAUAGCAGAUGCUCUAUCCCGAUCAGUUCCUCUGGAGUCGGAAUGGUCACUGGACAACAGUUCGUUCCAAUGGAUCCUCCGGAGGGUUCCAGGUCUACAAGUGGAUCUAUUCGCAUCCCAAGCGAACCACAAACUCCCAUGUUAUGUGGCCCCCAACCUGGACCCUCUGGCCUAUGCCACGGACGCCCUGUCCAUAGACUGGAACAACUGGGAGAAGAUUUAUGUCUUUCCUCCAGUGAAUCUUCUCCUGAAGGUACUGAACAAACUCAGGACAUUCAAGGGUCAAGUAGCUCUAGUAGCCCCAGACUGGCCGAAGAGCAAUUGGUACCCUCUGAUUCUGGAACUGGGUCUUCGUCCUCUUCGAAUUCCCAAUCCCAGGCUCUCCCAGUCAGUACAAACGAAGACUGUGUUCGCUUCCUCAGGAAUUCUCAAAACCCUAACUUUAUGGACUUCAUAAAGUUUGCGGCUAAAAGAGAUGCGAAUAUUGAUCCUCGAAAUAUUCUUUUCUUGGAAUCUGAUAAAAGAGAUUCAACUUUGAGACAGUAUGAUGCUGCAGUCAAAAAGUUAGCAACCUUCCUGAGAGAAUCAGAUAUUAGAAUCAUGACAAUCAAUUCAGCUAUAUCCUUUUUCAGAUCUUUAUUUGAAAAAGGCUUAGCAGCUAGCACUAUUACGACAAACAAGUCAGCCUUGAAAAAGAUUUUUCAACUCGGUUUCAGCAUAGACUUGACAGACUCUUACUUCUCGUCUAUUCCCAAGGCUUGUGCUAGACUUAGACCUUCAGUGAGGCCUACGUCAGUAUCGUGGUUCUUAAAUGAUGUUCUAAAGCUGGCUUCAGAAACAGAUAAUACGACAUGUUCAUUUAUAAUGCUCUUAAGAAUAACUCUAUUUUUAUUAAGCUUGGCUUCAGGAGCUAGAAUUUCAGAACUGUCGGCAUUAUCCAGAGAUCCGAAUCAUGUUGAAUUUCUUCCCACAGGGGAAGUUCUACUUUCUCCGGAACGUAGUUUUAUAGCAAAGAAUGAAGAUCCUUUGAUGAGGUGGGAACCGUGGAAGGUUGUACCCCUUCCACAAGAUACUUCUCUUUGUCCAGUAUCGACCUUACGAGCCUUUCUGUCCAGGACAUCCUCAUCCUCAUCGGGUCCUCUCUUUAAGAGAGAAAAAGGUGGUACUUUAUCUAUUAAAGGCAUCAGGCAACAGAUCCUGUACUUUAUUAAGCAAGCCAAUCCUGAUUCCUUCCCUAAAGCACAUGAUGUCAGGGCAGUUGCCACCUCAAUUAACUAUUUCCAACACAUGAAUUUCGAUGAUUUAAAAAAGUAUACUGGAUGGAAAUCGCCGACAGUAUUUAAGCGUCAUUACUUAAAGUCCUUGGAAGCUCUGAAAUUUUCAGCAGUUGCGGCGGGUAACAUAGUUUCCCCCGACUCUGCUUAAUCUUUAGUAGAAGAUCCAGUUCUCCUUUCUACCUAUCUCACCCAACAGUUCGUCUAUACCUGCCAUGUUCAUCUACGUUUACCUUGAGUCUUAGCUGCUCUUAUGAUGGUAUAGUGGG